AUGGAUUUUAUCCUCUUCAAAACAGAUCAAUCAUAUGUGAAUCUGUUUGUAGGCGGUGAGAUAUACCCAGUACAACUUAAAACGCUUCUCAAUCAUGAAACAUGUGGAUCGUUUUUCAAAGAGAAGGUCGUACGAGUCAUGGAAGGAAUCAAGGUCAACUGUGUACAAUGGGAUACAUCACCAAAUCAUAUUAAGCAUCGAAUGGAUAUCGAUCGAGAUGGACUCCUUUUUAGGGAGGUGCUCCAAUUUAUUCGGAACGGGAAACGAACAAGUAUCCCAGAAAACAAAUAUCAACUACAACAAUUAGUAUGUGAAGCGGAAUUUUUUGGAAUGGAAACGUAUCGAAAGAUGCUUCGACGACGUCUAUGGAAACUAACCGGCAAAGCCACCUAUUAUGCAUGCUAUUCCGAUUCGGACUAA